AUGAAUCCGUGGAUGUGUGUCGCGAUUUUCUUCGCCGCGAGUACCGCCGCCCGAUCGACUAAAGAUUUGAAACUAGAUCCAGAGAGUGAGACGAAGCUUGCCAAACAGCUUGAAGAGAUCGAAAAGGAAUUGGAGCUAGUCGAAAAGCUGGAGAACGAGAUUGACGGUAACUCUUCCAGGGAGGCCAGGGGCCUUCUUAAGAAGCUAAGCUUCAUGGCUGGGAUGAAAGUUGGUGGUAUCAUAGAAUCAUCUGGCACUCUUGCUGCAAGCAACAGUUUGAGGAUAUUUGGAAAAGUGAUGAACACCGCCCUUAGUGUCUCUUAUGGUCCAAUUGAGAACUUAGAGGUAGUACCACCUAUCCACGAUCAAUCAGUGGUUGAAGAAAAUAUAAAAGCAAAACCGAUCAGUUUUUACGCCGUUGAAUCAUCGUCUCCAUCCUCAUCGCCAACAAGGCAGGGUUUUAUUAAAAACCAUAACAACCUUGUUAACAGGGUGAACACCAAGUUUCUGAAAAACGGAGCUAGUUUAAGAUCAAUUUGAUAUCCCAUUUAAAUAUUUUUCCUGUACAUAUUUUU